AUGCUAGCCGACCUGCACACGGCCCUCACGGCCCCCUUUGAGCUCAUCGACACCUUGUACCAACGACGUCAAGAUGAACUCCGCUCAAGCUCAAGCUCGAGCCAGCGAGAUUCAGCUUCGACGUCGCGCUUGCCCAGGUCGACUUUGGCGUUGAGUGCGUUCGACAAGCUCGUACAGGAGCGUUUCGCCAACUUGCUUGAAGCAGAAAAGAAUCUUGAUCAGGUGGGUUGACUUGGUAGUUCGAGUAGGGAGUGUAGAGUGGUGUACCUGGUUCGGGCGAUGAAAUGCUCAUCGGUGACGGCAUCAUCGCCCCCCCAUGCCACCUCAAAUCCACACACUGUUCAAUCACCAUACUGACUCGAACCUCGGAAACGACCCCAGCUCCCGCUCAUCACCUCCACCACAACUCCAUCGACCCUGCCCGCGCUCGGUUCACUCGUCCGUUUCCGCGCCAUGGUCCAAGACACAGGGUACGGGUCCGAGCUGUACCGUGCUACACGAUCGACGUCGAAUGGUCAAGAAAUGGUCGUCAUGUUUGGUAGGGACGAGGUUCAGGUGAACACGCACCAAUCCGGAGGCGUGAGUUGAGAGUUGAUCCCGUAUCGAAGGCGGGGGAAAUUCACACCUGACUAUGGUUGCAUCGCGCACAGGUCGUUCAUGAGGAGGAGGAUUAUACGAAUCUGCAAGAACGGCAGAGCUUUUACAUCGUCUCUGUUCCGGGAGAGAACGAAUGGGUCAAACUUGUCAGUCCUAUCCUUUCCACUUGCGCUGGCCGAGAAGUGGACGGAAAAUCCUGACCGCGUGACUUUUCUUGGUUGUUUCUGCACCACCAGGCAUCGGAUAAGCAACGUGAGUUCAGAAGAAACCAACAUGUCAGAAGGAACAGGAACUCAUCGGACCGUACUACGUUUUGCUCCAACAGCACUCCAAAACAGCGUCGCCUCGCUUUCACUCCAAGAAGGCUCCGCUGAGACAGGUUCGGGCCUGCCCAACAAGUAUCCUAUCCCUUCGGAACGCCAUUUCGGAUGUAUUGCAAAGGUGCGUUGGAAUUGCUGUGGUUAAAGGUGGGCGGUGCGGUCACUUAGAUUGUCAUUCCAACCGACAGAUCUACGGCGAGGCAGCAGACAAGAUCAAGACGACCGAUGUCUAUGACUUUGUUGGCAUCCUUGGCGAGACACAGUGAGUGGGGAAAUCUCACCACCCAACUGUCAACGACUGACGAGAAACCCUACCUCGUCCAGACUCACGGACUCGUUCGACGAGCUCGCUGCGCAAUCAGGCGCCGCCGUCGCACCCUCGGCUCCAAUCCCCGCGCUUCACGUCAUUCUCACCCUCCCCGUCACUUACCCGAUCGCCCCCGUCGACAAAGCUACGGAUUACCUCACGCUGAGGAAGGAACUGGUCGAUCAUCUCACCACGCUCUUACAGGGUGAUUCGGAUGCGGCCGAGUGGCUCUUGCUCGCUCUGUUGGCUCGGAUGUGAGUCGCAGGCAAGGAUGGACAUUCUGGCCUUGAGCCGUCGACUGAAGUCUUUCUCCGUUGAACAGUCAUCUGCGACACCCGACCGGUCUCGCCCUCGGAUCUCUCUCGCUGAACCUCGCCUACCCUUUGGGCACGAUCGCUCCCGACACGAGCGAACACCUGAUUCAGUUCAUCUCAUCCCUGGUUCCACGCUCCACUCACCUCUCCAUCACAAUCCCGAUCCUCAACUCCUCCUCAACUCCCCUAGCCCCCCGAACAAUAGAAGAAUCCCUACACGCCGGCGCCCUCCAACUCGCCUCCAACACCCUCGUCCUCGUCGACACCCUCUCCAUCGGUCAAGGUCAACUCGUCGAUACAGGCGUCAAGAAUCUCCGCCAUUUGGCCACGACGAUCGCGCAACAAAAAUUGACGUAUGAGUUCCCUUAUGCGAGUUUCGACCUCGAGACGGAUUUGGGCUUCGUCGUGCUUUCACAAGGGAAGGCGAUCAUCCCUACGGAUUGUGUCGUCUACGUACAACCCCAAACGACGACCUCGACGCUCAAAGUUCCCGAAAUUUCCCACGUCAAAUUAUCCGAAUGGCGUUCCUUCCUCCAUACCUUCAAACAUGACCCUUUCAGCGUCCCGGAAAGCAUGUCCGAAACGAUUCAAGCCGACUUUGUCGACCGAAGAUCCAAAUCCGUUGGAGGGCAGGGUAUGACGCAGGAUGAUUUGGUGUUUAGGAUGACGGCAAGUCGGUUGAUGGCGUUGAGCUUCGGGAGGGAGGAAUUGGGGGUGGAGAGUUGGGUUAGGACGGGCGAAUUGGACGAUCGGAGGAAGGAGAGGGGGCCGCAGACUGUUCGGGGAGGCACUGCGUAG